AUGCUACUGAAUGCAGGGUUCCCAUGCGGGCAGUGUGUAAACAAAUUUGGAGUUCGAAAAAUGGGAAUAUGUGCUGGCUUUCUGGCCUCAACUGGCCUAAUUCUGUCAUUCUUUGCAACAAGCAUUCCGUAUUUAAUUACCACUGUCGGUGUAGUUACUGGAUUUGGACUGUCUCUUGGUUACGUAUCCAUAACGACGUCCGUGGGUGAACAUUUUAAUGGAAAAGCAAGAUUUGUUGCAUUGUCCUUUGUGGCUUCCGGGUCCGGUUGUGGUGCAAUGGCAUUUCCUUUCUUGUUGGAUACAUUGAUCCAGACGUAUGGAUGGCGAGGAUGUCUUCUUAUAGUUGGAGGUCUCAUGGGGAAUAUGAUCUGCUUCUUUGCUGUUUGUCAGCCACAAUUGGUUGAUAAAUCCUACUAUAGUCCUGGAUUACUGGAAACGGAGGGAAUGAGCCAGCAAACGCAACACAAUCAACAAAUAUGCGAAAAUAGAAACUCUGCAAUGAAUGGGUCUGGCACUUUCAUUCCGAAGCAGCAAAGACCAUCUAUUGAAAAGUUACGAUUAUUAUCGAGAAACUCUCCUUUUAUUGUAUUCAUCAUUGCGGUGUGCUGUACGCUACCAGCGUAUGAUUCAACUUUGAUCUAUUUGAUAGAGUUCUUCAAAACUAAGUCAUUUGCAAACAAAGAAGCUUUGUUGCUAUAUUUCUUCAUGAAUGUAGGAAACACCACUGGAAGACAUUUCGUCGUCCCCGGGUUCGUCGAUACCCACAUCCAUGCAUCACAGUACCCGAACUGUGGUAAAUGCCUGGAUGUAGGUAUGUUAUCGUGGCUUCACAAAUACACCAUUCCGACAGAAGCUAAAUUUGCCGAGCUCGAAUUUGCCAGGAAAAAAUACUGGAAGGUCGUUACCCGGGUAAUUAAGAACGGAACAACAACUGCUAGCUACUUGGCAACGAUUUACACCGAUUCCACACUGGAGCUCUGUGAUAUCAUACAAAGCGUUGGACAGAGAGCGAUUGUCGGCAAAGUUAAUAUGGACCAGAAUUCCCUUGACUUUUACACAGAGAAAACAGUAACAUCUGUAGAGGAAACAAUAAGAUACAUCCAAGAGGUUGCAAGGAGAAAGUACACACAUAUCAAGCCUUGUAUCACUCCAAGAUUUGCCGGGAAUUGCAGUAUGGAGUUGAUGACGCAACUAGGACAAAUUGCCCAGAGUGGCAAACUUCACGUGCAGACCCAUCUUGCUGAAACCAGGGAGGAGUGUGACAUGGUUAGGAAACUGUUUCCGGAAAAUAGGUCAUAUACAGACAUUUACAACGACGCCGGUCUGCUGACGCAAAAGACAGUUCUCGCCCACGGAAUACACCUGACGUCAGAGGAACGUAAACUUAUCCGAUUACGUCACUCCGGCAUUUCACACUGUCCUAAUUCCAACAUAGCAAUACGUAGCGGUUUGCUUGAUGUGAGGACCUGUCUUGAUGAGAAUAUAAGUGUUGGUCUGGGCACCGACAUUUCCGGAGGAUACAGCUCAUCAAUUUUGAAUGCAAUGAGGGCGGCCAUCUGUACGUCAAACACUAUCGCUAUACAAACGAAUCUCGAGUACAGGCCACUCGACUACAAAGACGUUUUUCAAAUGGCGACGUUGGGAGGCGCUAAAGUUUUAGAUAUGGACGACGUCAUCGGUAACUUUGAGGUCGGAAAGGAGUUCGAUGCCCUUCUUAUCGAUCCGGCUGUUGAUGGAGGACCCAUCGAUGUCUUUGAGGAUGAUACAAUAGAGGAUAUCGUUCAGAAAUUUAUCUUUCUCGGUGAUGAUCGAAACAUCUUGAGAGUGUUUGUCUCCGGAAAUAACAUAUUGGAAAAUCUAAUUAAGAAAAGUUCGGAGGCCUAAAAUGGAAUGUUGGUAUCCUUGGAAAUACCGGUGUACCUGGUGACAAGAUUGGUACUCUUCUUACAUAACUUACAACUAAUGUUGGUAUAGAGCUAGCUCUGGGCGGCAACAUCAACCAGCAGAAAUAUUGACGUUAAUUUCAUAUCAAGUCUAGCAAAUGAAAAAAAAAAGUUUCAUAAUCUUAAAGUUUCAUAAAGUAUUUUGAUGGUUUAAAGAUGUCUGUUGAAUUAAAUCACGGUAAAAAAUGUAUAAUAAGUUUCACAAAGCAGAAUUCACUAAGCACGUUUGUUAUUUUCAAGUCCAAUACAUUAUUUGACGAUUACAUGUAUAUGGAGAGGCAACACAUUUUAUAUGUAAAGUAAAAAGAUAAAGGAUUCUUAGUCAUAUUCAUGCGAGCUUGUUGUCGAAUAGUCUCCUUCCACACCCGAUAUGCGAUAGUCCUGGGUGGUGUAUUAUAAGUACAUUUGUAUAAAUAACUAAAGUUUUAUUACGUCAUACCUGUGUUUGUGACUGUUAGUAUGAACCUGCACACAUAUGGUUUGUACAUGGUCAUUUGACAUCCUGAUAUCUAUAAUCAACAGUCGCAUCGAACUGUCCCAUUUCUAGUUGUACGACUUGGGUCGAAUUUGUCGUUCUCAGUAUUACAGUUUAAUUCUCCAAACACUUCCCGUGAUGGGUAUGGGAUACGUUAAACACGUUUUUUAGAAUCUGUAUGUAUUUGCGAGUUGAUAUAAUUCUGAUUGGAAAAUGGUGCUUAACCCAAAUUAAUGUAAACGAUAUAUGAGAAAGUUUAUCAAUCCAUUUAAACUGGAAAUACUUUAAUGGUUUCUCUAUUAUAAAGAUGCUUAUUGUCACUAAUAUAGUCACGUGAUUCUAGUUAGAAUGGUAUAAUCUAUAAAUUUUGUAACACUUCAUAACUUUAUUGUAUGCCUGUCAAAUAAAGCAUUGCU